AAUAGGCUUUUGCAGUAAAAGAUCUUGACUUUUCUUUCGUUUCUUACAAAUCCAUCUUUGUGUGUUCAACUUACAGUUACAUUCAAACAACCAACUAAAACAUGUUGAUAUCUCAGCAAAUAAACAUUAUAACUAUUCUGAUGCUAUGCCAUUGUACUUUGAUAGUUUGGUCUGUAUCGUUAACACGAUCCGUAUCAUCAGAACCAACUUCAUCAAAUGUUAAUAAAACAGAUGAAUUACUCCCGUUGGCUUAUUCUAAUGGUACGAAUAUUAGUGCAUCUCAACUCAGUGAAUCUCGAUCGUUACGCUCAUCUCACUCAAGACGACUCGUGAUGUUACUUAAAUCAAUGUCUAUUUUUCCGAUAUAUUUCCUGUCUUUAACGCCUCCAGUGGGCAUUCUUAGAGAAGUUCUGCAAGCGAAUCCUCCGAAGAAAGAUGCAAUCGAAUACUUUUGGCAACGUUUUGACACAUUUUUAAAUAACAUCAAUGAAAACAAUCCUUAGUUUGAUUCGUGAGAAAUAACUCGAUCACAAUAAAAUUUGUUCAAUAUCUCACCACUACAAUUAAAACCAAUGUUUAUUGUCAAGUCGAAGUACAAGACUAUUGAAAUGUAAUAAUUAUCCAAUUGAUAAGAUCAUGGAUCAACAGACACAAGAUGAAAUAAUCAGCUAAUGCUGA